AUGGAUAUGGAGUUGCGGUUAUUUACGGAUAUGCCUUUCAUUGGUGGUUUUGUGUUCGAGUUGGCAAACUGUGGUGCUGCCACGUCAGUGAUAACCGGUUAUACUUUGUGGUCCCACUACUAUAUACAGUUGGGACUUGCACUUUCAGUUACUACAUCUUUGUAUUCCUGGAUUCUGAUGCCUGAGGUAUCAGAUAUUGCUAAAAUUGAUAUUGGAGGAUGUGAUAUUCAAAAGCAGGAAAUUCGUGAGGCUGUGGAGUUACCACUCACACAUCACGAGCUAUACAAACAAAUCGGUAUUGAUCCUCCUCGAGGUGUUUUAGUAUAUGGCCCCCCUGGAACUGGUAAAACAAUGCUUGUCAAAGCCGUUGCUAAUCAUACCAAUGCCGCCUUCAUCAGGGUUGUGGGUUCUUCUGAAUUUGUGCAGAAGUAUCUUGGUGAGGAAACAAACAUUUUGUUACCUACUGUCUUCUUAUUUUAUGAAAAGUCAGCUAUUACUACUUUCAAUUCUUGUUCUUUUGAAAAGCCAUCAUCCCCUCGAUCAUUGCCAUUUUUCAUUUGA